AUGCCUGGAUGGAGGUCUCAGUGGCGUCUCGUCCUGCUGAACUCCAUGACCUGUGGCUUGGAGAUCUGCGUGGCAGCAGGGAUCACAUACGUGCCCCCGCUGCUACUGGAAGCUGGGGUCGAGGAGCGCUAUAUGACCAUGGUCUUAGGUAUUGGUCCUGUGCUGGGCCUCCUGUUUAUCCCUCUGAUUGGCUCAGCCAGUGACCACUGCAACAGCAGCUACGGCCGACGGCGCCCCUUCAUCUGGCUGCUGUCUCUGGGGGUGCUCCUGGCACUCAUUAUCAUCCCUAAUGCAGAUGUCCUGGCUGCACGCCUUGCAUGGGGCGGACGCACACUCCAGGUGGGCUUUCUCAUCCUUGGGGUAGGGCUUCUUGACUUUUGUGGCCAAGUCUGCUUUACCCCAUUGGAGGCGCUACUGUCGGACCUAUACCGGGAUGAGGAAGAUUGUGGUCAGGCUUUUGCCAUGUUCUCAUUCAUGGUUAGCCUGGGAGGCUGUGUGGGCUACCUGCUGCCUGCACUGGACUGGAGUCGCGGUCUGCUCUCCAUCUACCUGGGGGGUCAAGCUGAGUGUCUCUUCUCCCUCCUCAUCUUCAUCUUUGUCUCCAGUGUUCUCAUCACCAUGAAGGUAUCUGAGGAACCCUCUUGCGCCAGUGCCAGCAUGGCUGGAUCAGGGGCUUUACUGGAGUCAGGAGUUGGCUCUCUGGAAGCCGGACGGUGUGGCAUCCCCCGCUCUUGCUGCUACCUACUGAAAUGCAAGCUCAGGCUGCUGAAGUCUGGGCCCCUGCUGUGCCUGCUGCGAACAUGCUGGUCCAUGACCCCGGCAAUAUACAGGAGCUACUGCCAUGUUCCUCGGGUAAUGAGGCAGCUGUGUGUGGCCCAGCUCUGCAGUUGGAUGGCAGUCAUGUCUUUCAUGCUCUUCUACACAGACUUCGUGGGUGAAGGUCUUUAUGAAGGCGUGCCUAGUGCAUCUCCAGGAAGUGUAUCCAGGCAGAGAUAUGACGAAGGCAUCCGUAUGGGAAGCCUAGGCCUGUUCCUGCAGUGUGCUACCUCAACCUUCUUUUCUCUGGUGAUGAGUCGGUUGGUUUGCCGUUUUGGCUCGCGGUGGGUCUACCUUAGCAGUAUGGUGAGUUUCACCAUCUCCACCUUGGUCAUCUGCAUGUCGAAGAGCAUGGUCCUGGUCACUCUGAUGUCCGCCCUCACUGGCUAUGCCUACGCCACACUGCAGACUCUUCCCUACACACUAACCUGCCACUACCACAAGGAGAAAGAGGUCUAUAUGCCAAAAAGGAAAACCAAAAGCUAUGGAAGAGGAGGAAGGACUGCUAUAGAAGAGGAGGAAGGACGGAGCCACAAAAUGGGGGGCACCAAUGGGCAUCCCUAUGGUUCUGAUUACUACCCCAGUCCACAUAGCCAAAAUGGUUCAUCUCAAAGUUCUGGUGGCACUGAGCAGGAGGACAUGGAGGUGGGCUAUGAGAAACGUGGUGUGGGCCUGGACUUUGCCAUCUUGGACAGCACCUUCCUCCUCUCUCAGGUCUUUCCCACCCUCUUCAUGGGCACGAUUGUGCAGUUUGCUCAAUCUGUUACUGCCUACAUAGCCUGCUCUGCCAUCUUUGGCGCUGUUGCCAUCUAUUUGGCCAAUCAAAUUGUAUUUGACCAAAAGGACCUCAAGAGCUGA